AUGCAUAUUUGAUUUCUCACUAGCUUCUUCACUUAUAUGUAGAAGAUCGAUCAUUGCUGGUUAUAAUUUGCAAUAGUAAUUUGUUCAGAUAUCAUGGCAGCAGCUACGAAAGAAGAGAAGUUCGAUCAUCUGGUCUUAGAAAACAAGAACUUGUUCCGAAGCCAUGCCCUUCUCAAGUACAUCCUGGAAACCAGCUGUUACCCGAGAGAACACGAGCAAUUGAAGCAACUUAGGGAAGCCACGGUCAAGAAAUAUGAGCAGCUGUGUAUUAUGAAUGUGCCUGUUGAUGAAGGUCUGCUUGUUUCCAUGCUUCUGAAGAUCAUGAAUGCGAAGAAGACAUUGGAGUUAGGGGUAUUCACUGGUUAUUCACUUCUCACUACUGCUCUUGCACUUCCUGCUGAUGGCAAAAUAAUAGCAAUCGAUCAGGAUAAAGAAGCGUACGAGGUUGGAUUGCCAUUCAUCAGAAAGGCCGGGGUGGAGCAUAAGAUUGACUUCUAUCAAUCAAAUGCCUUGUUAUUCCUAAGUGAUCUCAUUAACAGUGGAAAGGAAGAAGGCAGCUUUGAUUUUGCGUUUGUGGAUGCUGAUAAGAACAACUACAUCAAAUAUCAUGAACUGCUACUGAAGCUUGUCAAGGUUGGAGGAAUAAUAGCUUAUGACAACACCCUGUGGUUUGGCUCAGUAGCAGAACCUGAGGAGGAGGGGGCUGAAUACUUCAGGGAAAUCAGCCGUCAUUUGAAGGAACUGAACAGCUUCCUAGCCGCAGAUCCCCGUAUUGAAUUAGUUCUUCUUUCCGUCGGAGAUGGGCUCACCCUCUGCAGGCGCCUAUAUUAGAAUCAGCAAGCUGCUGCUACUAUAUGUUUUUUUUUUUUUUUUUAAAAGAAGAGAGCUUGAAAUAGAAAUACUU